AUUAACUGUUACUACUUACUCUGUUCUAAAUUCUUCCUGUGAAAAUGACCCUGUGUAUCUCCAAAGGCAUGUGGACAGUAGCUGUGGUGGUGGUGCUGGUGGUUCUGAGCACCCCAGUGACUGAAGGCAGAGAGACGCCAAAGGAUUUCCUGGUCCAGUUUAAGGGCCAGUGCUACUUCACCAACGGCACGGAGCGGGUGCGGCUUGUUACCAGAUACGUCUACAACCAGGAGGAGUACGCGCGCUUCGACAGCGACGUGGGGAGGUACGUGGCCGUGACGGAGCUGGGGCGGCCGGACGUCGAGUACUGGAACGGGCAGCAGGACAUCCUGGAGCAGACACGGGCUGAGCUGGACACGGUGUGCAAACACAACUACCCGAUGCAAGAGAAAUUGAUCUCACAUCAGCAAGCGGAACCUACAGUGACCAUAUCUCCAUCCAAGACAGAGGCUCUUAACCACCACAACCUGUUGGUCUGCUCCGUGACAAAUUUCUAUCCAGCACAGGUCAAAGUUCGGUGGUUCCGGAAUAACCAGGAAGAGACAGCUGGCAUUGUGUCCACUCCCAUUAUGAGGAAUGGAGACUGGACGUUCCAGAUCCUUGUGAUGCUGGAAAUGACACCCCAACGUGGAGAUGUCUACACCUGUCAUGUGGAACAUCCCAGCCUCCAGAUCCCCAUCACAGUGGAGUGGAGGGCACAAUCUGAAUCUGCUCGAAGCAAGAUGCUGAGUGGCUUUGGGGGCUUCGUGCUGGGACUGAUCUUCCUUGGACUGGGUCUUUUCCUUCGUCACAAGAACCAAAAGGGACUUCGUGGACCUCCACCAGCAGGUCUUCUGCACUGAUUCUUGAGGAUACUAUAAUGAAGAUUAGUUUUUGAUUUCUGUAGUGUCUACCUAUUCUUCCCCAGAAUUCUCAAUUACCUAUAUGUAUGUCCUUUUGGGACCAAAAUUCUAGAUAAUUAUGGCAGUCACCAGGUCAUCGUCUAUGAGCCUGCCUUACGGAUCUGACUAUGAUACAACUUUGUGCUCUGAUCCCAAUGCUUGUCUGUAUGCUGCCACCAAUUUCUACUCUGAUGACAAGGAUGCUUUUAAAUUUUUUCAUAGUGUUCAGGAGAAGCACAUUGAAGCAAUGUACUUGGCAAUCAAAUUUUGUCAUAAUUAAACAUGAUUGUGAGUGGUUUAUAUCCUGAGAUUUACACCAUGGGCCGCAUUUUUUAAAAAAAAAAAGUUUAUUCCAAUCAUAGAUCUUUGAGACAUAAUUGACAUAACAUGAUUUUCACACGUACAACAUAGUGGCUUGAUAUUCAUGUAUAUUAUGAAGUGAUUGUGACAAAGAGUCUAGUUGACAUACUACCACGCAUAAUUAUCUUUUUUCUUUUUUUCAUGUUUUAAAAUGUAACUUUUAUAAAAAGAUGUUUAGCAAAUCACAGUUCCUUAAUAACUACUUUCAUUUUUUAUCUUUGUACAAAUCAAACAUAUCUAUUCAUAAGGUUACAAAUGAUAAUGGGUGCUCAAUUACACAAUGUAACACCCUAAGAAUACCCCAGAUUUUAAGUUCAGAAGUCAUAAUAACCCAGAAACUUAGUAAUAUAUUUAUAAAUACAAUGUGGGAAACACCAAAAUAUCUCUGUACUUCUGUUAAAUGCCUUAUCUCAUGUGUAACAGAGGAAUCAGAGACAGAAACCACUGGUAGUCUCCAGAUCACAGAAAGAACAUAACCAAAGAUAAAAAAAAUUUCCAUGCUUUUUCCAAAAAUUUCCAGUGACCACAAAGUGGGAUAUGCUAGUUUAUGAGAUACAUAUGAGAAUUCUGUCUCCUACUUGUAUUAUUGGGGAAAUAUUUACAAGACAGCUGUUGUAAAUUGGGAAUAAUUUCUUAUUUCCCCACAACAGCACACCACUUCCCAACUUCCUCCACCAUUGUUUACCUGGGUGCCUCUUAACACUCCAUUAAGUCUUAGAUUCCUACUAGUUGAUUUCUAUUUUAAUUCAUCCAAGUAUAUGAUAUCAUUAACUGCAAUCACUAAAGUAUACAUUAUGCCUCUAAGUCUUAUUUUAUGAAUGAAAGUUUGUACUUUUUUACUAUCUUCCUCCUUUUUGCUCAUUUCCCUCCUACCACCAAUAUGUUCUCUGUCUCUAUGAGUUGCUUUUUAAAAAUUCCAUAUAUGUGAAAUUAUAAGGUGUUAUUUUACUCUGACUUAUUUCAUCUAGCAUUGUGCCCUCAAGGUCCAUUUAUGUUGUUGCAGAUAACAAGAUUUGCCAAGAGUUUCUUCUCCAUGCUUGAAUAAUAUUCAUAUCUAUCUGUAAACAUACACAUAUAUACAUUUUAUUCACUCAUUCAUCCAUAAGUAGGAACUUGAGUUGAUUCAUAUCUUUCAUGUCUUGGCUAUUAUAAAUAAUGCUGAAAUAAAAUGAAGAUGUAUAUGUA